GCUCCCGUCGUCCACUCCAUUCCACUCCGUUCUAUUCCCGCCGCUGUCGCCGCCGACUCCUCUGCUGCCCUCGGCUUUAUCUUGUUGGUCUAGACUCCUCCCGUGAACCUUGGCCUUCUCGCUUCACCCGUCUGCUCGGCCACACUCCACCCAGCCGACCCAACCCAACCCAACCCAACCGCCCCUUCGUCCGCGCCUUCUUUCCCUUCCGCCUUUCCCUCCCCUUCCCGCCUGCUUGCGCUUUCCAUCCGUGGUCUCAUCUCCUAUCGCCCGUGGUCUCGUCCCUCAUCCCCCGUCGUCUCGUCGCAUAUCGUAUCUGCCCAGCUUCGUAUCCACACCCGCAUCCGCAUCCACAUCCACAUCCACGACCUGCUCCAUUCCCAUCUCUCUCAUCGCCCUAUCGCACUGAUGAGCGAAGCAACGAGUCCCACCCAGAUCCACGCCUCUAAGCUCCUCGCACUGGAGGACUGGCCCAGCAUGGACGAGUUCCUCAUCCAGGACGAGGCCCUCUACCUGCCCUCGGUCCAUUUUGACGGCCUCGAUGUCCCUGCCUCCCCGCAGCCUCUCUUGUCCAUCGAGUCGUCGGCACUGGCCCUUGAUCCCAUGGACAUCCAGCCGCUUGAUUUUUCCGGCGUCGAUGCCUCUGAGCCACCCUCGCUCUUCCCUGCCUCGGAAGACCCUGCUGUCCUGGACGGUGGCUUUGAUCUGGCCAUUGACUUUGCUCCGGCUUCUCCUUCGGCAUCCGGCGCCGCCUUCUCGGGCGCCCAUGCUCACACCCACGCCGAUGUCCAUGCCGGCUCCUAUUCCCUCACCCAUCUCCCCACCAGCACCAUCUUUGACUCGAUCGCCAGCCCUCUGCCAUCGCCCUUCCAUGCCAAAGCCUCGCCCUUCUCCCAGCUCACGCUGCUGGACGUGACCCGGGCCGAGUCCGAUCCUGUGUGCGACUCGCACGACCUGGUUGCCUCCGAGGGUGCUUUCCCGUCGCCUCUCUCGGAGAUUGCCUCGGACAUCAGCAUGGAUGCCCCCGAGCUCUCGCAGAGCCACGUCGAUCUCGGCCUCGGCGGGUCUACUUCGCACGAAGCGCUGCAGAAUCUGGACCAGGUCCAGGAGUUCCUCAAGUCCGUCGAGAAGCACGCCGCCAUCGAUGCCGAGCAGGCCCUCCAGAACUCGCUGGGCAAGAAGAGCCGCCGCAAAUCCCACUCGCGCCAGAACCCGAUUGCCUCGUCGUCCGUCUCUCCGACUUCGCGCCAGAAGACGGCCGAGUACCUGGCCUCCCUCGAAGCCGAGGUCAAGAAGCACCGCGAGGCCUCGGCCAUCCUGAACGAGGCACUCCUCCGAUAUCAGCGAGAAAACCAGCGACUACAAGAUCAGAUCACCAGGCUAAAGUCGCAGUUUGACCACAUCAAGAUCUCCCCGGCUCCGUCGUCGGGCUCGCGCCUGCCUGCAGCCGUGCCGCUGGCUCGCCCCAGCGCCGAGGGCAAUGUUGCCGGCAAAAAAUAUCGAUCCAUGAUGAGCGUCGAGGCUUCUCCCGCCGUCCCCAGCUUGGCUCCCAACAUCGACAUCAGUCGGGCUGCUGCUGCGCCCACGUCCGCCACUAGCACCUCGGCCUCUUCGGCCGAUGCCCAGCGUGCCGACGGCGCUGCUGCGCCCAAGACCUCGGAUUUUAGCGAAGCCGUUUUGCUCCGCCGCAAGAACUUGAACUCGUUGCUCAAGAAGUUCUCCAGCUCGCCCGCGCCGGCCCCCGUGGCCAGCUCCUCGUCCAAGCCGCCGAUGCCGGCGUUCGCAGCCCGCAUGCCUCCCCGCAUCAGCGGCAGCACCCUCGCCCCGACCGAGAACAGGGUCAAGGUCCACUCGGUCAUGAUCAGCGACAACAGCCCCUGGAAGCCCUUUGCGCCCGCCUCUCAGUCAUCGCAGGGCGCAGGCUGCCCCGAAUUUGACUCCCCCUCGGUCGAGUCGCUUUGGAAGCUGAUAUCCCAGCCACAGCCUUUCCGCAAGAGCGUCUCAGCUUUGCCCGUCCUGCCGCCCGCAAGCAGCCAGCGCGACCUGUCAUCGGACCCAUCGGUCCUGAAAUGGAUCGCCAAGAUGUGCUAUGCUGCCCGGGAUGACAAGCAAAAAGCCACGCUGGCCAAGCUGAUACUGUCGAUGCUCAUUCUCAAGGGCGCUAAUGUUUCGAUCGAUAUCGAUGUCUGAGCCGCCCCACAUCU